UCACAAACCGGCAGAAACAGAAGAAGAGGAGACUCGCUCUGAACAACCCGAACAACCGCUGAUUCAAAACAAAAGAUUUACAAAGUAUUUGAACAUUCACGAAUCAUUUUUAAAAUAUCAUUAUUUACAAGUGAAGAGAUGGAGUCAGACCAGCAGGAAGAACAGAAACCUGUAAAAACGGAGUUUAUUGAAGAUUACAGUGAGAAUCCUGUAAAAAUGGAGUUUACUGAAGAUUACAGUGAGAAACCUGUAAAAAUGGAGUUUAUUGAAGAUUCCAGUGAGAACAGGAGUGAUCCUGAUGAAGAACCCCUCAGAGUGAAAAUUGAAGAUAAGGAACAACAGACAGACCCGGCAGUAGAGAUUAAGGUGUGUGAAGAACUGGAUGAAGCGGAGUACACACAACUGGAUGUCAAAACUGAAGAAAACCCUUUGAGUUGCUCACAGACCGAAAGUAAACCUGUACGUAGAAGAUCCAACCAAAAUUACACUUGCUCUGAGUGUGGAAAAGGCUUCCGAAACAAAAGAAAUCUUAAAGCUCACAUGGCAGUCCAUGUUGUAGAGAAGCUGCACACAUGUGAACAGUGCGGGAGGACUUUCCCCAAAAGAUUAUUCCUUUUAAAUCACUUAAAAAGCCACAUUGGAGAGAAGCAGCACACAUGCGAUCUGUGCGGGAAGACCUUUUCUCAAGGAUACCUGAAGUUUCACAUGAGAAACCACACUGGAGAGAAGCCGCACACAUGUGAUCAAUGCGGGAAGAGUUUUGCAAUAAAAAGAACCCUCAAUGCUCACAUGAAACUCCACACCGGAGAGAGGCACACAUGUGAUCAGUGCGGGAAGAGUUUCUCACAAAAAGGAUACCUUAAAUAUCACAUGAAAAUCCACACUGUAAAAAAGCCACACACAUGUGAUAAGUGCGGGAAGAGUUACACCCUUAAAGAAGCACUUAUGAGACACAUUGAAAGCCACGUUAAAGAGAGGCCUUAUAAAUGUGAUCAGUGUGGGAGGUGUUACAUAUGUGAGGAAAGACUUCAAGACCACAUGAAAGCUCAUAAUGGAGAUAAGCCGCACACAUGUGAUCAAUGUGGGAAGAGUUUUACACUAAAAUCCACCCUAAACAGACACAAGAAAAUCCACACUGGAGAGAAGCCGCACACAUGUGAUCAGUGCGAAAGGAAGUUCACAUUUCUUUCACAGCUUAGGUAUCACAUGAGAGUCCACACCAGAGUGAAGCCGUACACAUGUGAUCAGUGCGGGAAGAGUUUCAGGAUUAAAAAAAAGCUUAUUUAUCACAUGAAAAUCCACACGAACAAAUGUGAUCAGUGCGGGAAGAGAUUCUCACUAAAACGAGUCCUUUAUAAGCACUUGAAAGUCCACACAGAAAUGAAGCCACAUGCGUAUGAUCAGAGUGGGAAGAGUUACACACUAAAAGGAGGCCACAUCGGAGAGAAGCCGUACACAUGUGAUGAAUGUGGGAAGAGUUUCAGAUUCAGAUGUUCAUUGAGAGUACAUAUGCGAUAUCAUGCUGGAGAAAAACCAUUUAACUGUAAUCAGUGCGGUAAAAAAUUUAUUUUGGCAGGUUCCCUGAAGAAUCACAUGCACGCUCAUUCAAAGGAGAAGCCUCACGUGUGUUUUUGUGGAAAGGCAUUUUCAUGGCCGCAUGGUUUAAGAGUACACCAGAAAAAACACAUUAAUGUGAAGAAUCAUGUGUGCUUGCUUUGUGGAAAAACCUAUUUUACAGAGGGUGAACUGAAGCAGCACCAGAAGGGAAGCUGCGCACAAAAAAGUGUCAUGAAAUCGCACACAUGCUACCAGUGCAGGAAGAGUUUCAGAAGUGUUCGAGCUUUGAAAUUGCAUCUGUGUUCUCAUUCUGGAGAAAGAAAGCAGCACACAAUGUUGAUACAAAGGGGAAGGCUUACACGUGUUCUGCUUGUGAAAAACGUUUUACACGACUGAGCGCUUUUAAAGUACACAAGAAAACGCAUAUCAGUGUGAGAGACAUUUGCUAAAC